GAUCCAGAAAACAGGAGCAAAGAUGCCAGUAAAUUAUUAGGUUUAGUCAAAUUACCAUUGCUAUCACCCGCGUUUAUAGCUGACAAUAUUGAGAGUAACGAAAUGUUCAAAGACCAAAGAAUGGUGCAGGAAUUUGUAAUGGAAGCAUUUAAGUAUCAUUUGCUGCCUGAGCGAAAAUCUUUGCUUCAAACAGGCAGAACGAAACCCAGAAAAGCCACUGUGGGUACGUUGUUAGCUGUCGGAGGGAUGGGCACCAAUAAAGGUGCACAAUUUGUAGAGGCAUUUUCAUUACGCGAUAAUGCCUGGAGAUCUCUAGAUAAACCCUGGUCACUCAUAACCUGUAGACUAUACUGUGGCGUAGUAGUAGUCGAUAAAAAAUUGAUUGUCGCGGGCGGUAUAGACGUCAAAGGCCUCCACGGGACGAUUAGUAUGGACGAUUUGAAAGCAUCGAACACAGUAGAAUGCCUCGAUUUCUCCACUCUUACGUGGAGCACUCUACCCUCUAUGAAUGUUCGUCGAUGCGGAUUAGGAGUGGCAGUCUUAGGUGGACUUUUAUAUGCUGUUGGUGGUUUUGACGUCGACAGUCGUUGUUUUUUUAAUGCGGUAGAGAGAUGGGAUCCGGGAACAGGUCAUUGGAGUUCAAUAUGUCCUAUGUCCAUACAAAGAACUGAAGUCGGUGUAGCUGUGUUAAAUGAUAAAUUGUAUGCCGUAGGAGGAAGAGAUAUCAGUUCCUGCUUAAAUACAGUAGAAUGUUACGAUCCGCACACGAACAAAUGGACACCGUGCGCACCUAUGUCGAAGAGACGAGGCGACGUAGGCGUAGGAGUAGUGAAUGGUUGUCUUUAUGCACUCGGUGGUUACGACGCUCCAGCUAACAAUGCUAGCAUAUGUGUAGAAAGAUAUGAUCCUAAAACCGAUACGUGGACUGUGGUUGCGCCAAUGAGUGUGCCCCGGAGUAAAGUUGGUGUGUGCGUAUUAGGUGACCGACUUAUGGCCGUGGGAGGAUUCGACGGCCGACAAUAUCUCACACUAGUGGAAGCCUACGAUCCACAUCUCAACGAAUGGGAACCUGUUGCUCCUCUUAAGGCUGGCCGUGCGGGACCUUGUGUUGUUGUAAAAAGUUUAACCAAUAACAUGUAGGUUAUUUUCACUAAACGAUCAGUAAUUGGAUUUGCUAAUUAUGCAAAUUUAUCAUUAAGAUUAAUCCUUAAAUACAUAAUUUUUUGUAGAACUCUAUUUUUUUAGUAAAUAAUUGUUGAUUAAAGCAUUAAAGAAUUCUAAAAGAGA